CGCCCUGAGGAACUCCUACGUAUCAACGAACAACCCAUCACGUUCGUCCCAAGGAACAGUUUCAACGGAACUGCAAAUUUCGAUCCGAGUUCACCUCUGAAUUCGACAGGCACUGGGUAACAAUAUUCAAUACCAUGAGAUCGUGCGGUAUUCUAUCAUUGGCUCUAGUAGCUAUCAYCAACAACGAUAGUCGAGUUUCCUCGUUCGUUCCGUCCUCGCUGSUCGCAAGAAACUCUCCCAAUUAUGGAAAACUCUUCUCUACGGUAGAAGCCGUCGAGAGCGAGAGCUCCGUAGAAACCGAUUCUGCAUCAGCUUCCGAAAAGCUCCCAGAGCUGUUUCCGGCGCUUUCGACCUCGCUGACCAAGCUUGGGUUUUCAACUCCAACCCCCAUCCAGUCGGUAUCCGCAAAACGAGCUCUCGACUUGGAAAACCUGCUCAUGAUUGCUCCCACUGGAAGCGGAAAGACACUGUCCUACAUGCUGCCYGCUUUGGAAAAGAUUGUAGCAAAGAAGCAGCAGCAAGAAGAGACUGCUGGUGUGUUGCAAGGUGGGGAAGCGGGCACCGUACUGGUUGUCGCACCUACAAGGGAACUUGCUCUGCAGCUCAUGCGCGAUACGACGUCGAUUCUUUCCAAUGUGGACGCUAUGAGUGACAGUGGUGAUUUGGCCGUCCUAUUGGCUGUUCAGGGAGUGCAGAUACCAACACCCGAAGAACUCAACUCUGCGACCGUAUUGAUCGGAACACCUAAAGAACUCCUCUUUGUAUUGUCAGAGGUUCGAGGUGGGCCGGAGUUCCUGGCGGGAGAUGUGUUAUCGAGUGUCAUCCUGGACGAAGUUGAUGUUCUCUUGCCCAACCCACCGAAACAACUCCGUACUUCACUCGACAAAUCCGGAAACGCUGCAAGGGAAAGAAAAGGGGGGAAGAAAUUCAACACGCCGCAGGACGAGCGCCGAAGGCAAGAACAAAAGCGAAAACUCAUGGCCGCGAAACGAAGGGGGGUCGAGUUUGGCUCGGACAAGCAAAUCAUUGGACCGACCGAAAGCUUGCUGAAAAUGAUUGCCAACCGACGAUUGUAUACAGCCGAUGGAUCCACACCCACUCCAUAUCAUGUACUUGCCGGAAGUGCUACUGCGAGCCGAAAGACACUSGAUCGACUCAACAAGGCCCUGAGAGACGCAGCAAUGGACGCUUCCCAGACAGUGGAUGGGGUCUGGAACGGAAGCGUCAGCCCUUGUCGUCCUGAGAUCUCGGAAUCCGACCAAAGCGAUGACGAAYCGAAGAAACAAGACCACACGAUUCGCGCGGUUACAGUCCCUAGCGAGGUUAAACACCAAUACGUUCGUCUCGAAAAGGAUGAGGCAACGAAACCGGCAGCGGUGCUGCAGGCCGUAGCUAAAGCCACCGAAGCUCUCAAGCCCAAGAGAGCCCUACUCUUCUUGUGCGGGGAAUUCCGAAAACAAAAAUCUGCGGCACCUACCAGGAAGAGAACAACUCCCCAGGGGAAGACGCCGCCGCGCAGAGGCAGGCAAAAGACCCUCAAGCAAAAGAAAGCGGAGGCAGCUGCGGCGGCCCGAGCRAAAGCACCCGAUACGGGCUUGUCGGCACGGAAGGCCUGCGCCGGUUUGGCCCACUUCGGGAUCGAGGCCAAGCCCUUGCACGUGGCCCUCGGYCUUGAGGUGAACGCCASGGAAGAAGAUGACGAGGACGAAGAAGAGGUUCCCCCCUUCCUCGUCACUUUCGAGGGAUCGGCGAGGGGUCUUCACCUGGACGACAUCGAUACCGUAUUUGUGGUGGGACGUCCAUCAUCGGCAGCGUCGUACCUCCAUUUGGCUGGCCGUGUCGGGCGGUCAUCGACUUCGGCAGAAGGUGAUGUCGUCGUUCGACCAGGAAACGUUGUUUCGUUUUGUACCGCUGGCAGCUCGAAGGAGCUGAACAAGUGGACGAAGCAAGUAGGAGGCACCGAGCUGGAGGAGAUUGCAGUAUAAAGCUUGCAAUACAAUACAAUUACCUAUCAGCCUAUCAUAGAACGCAUUGCAUUCAAUCRGAUCAGUCAGGCAUGGACGACGAAGGAUCGAUCGAGAACGAAGGGGUCGCAGAUUGUGAAGUUUCAWAACUACAAUAGAAUUAUGUGGUAAAUUAUGUUGUUUUUCUAGUUCAAUUUCUAUCUACUAAUUUGUUUCUGAAGACGAAAAGCAGCAAUUCUAUAWGUUUGUUUUGUUUGUUAUUGAUAGAAUGAUGCAUUUUGGCCGGAUUUAUUCAAUUUUUUCUGAACCUUCCAAUCCGAAGCAACCUWKGUAUUGGAUGACACUAUUUCGUGCUACAAUCAAAGGCCUGGCUCUGGACUUUGAUUCUCACAAGUGAUCAUGUCUUCUCGUACRAUUGAGAAUGUAUCACCUCCACGAGCAGUUUCAAUUCAGGAACACUUGGGAUGAGUAUYGUUUUGCUCAUUUCCUUAUGCUUCAAUUWUUAUUUCGCCAUCUGCUUCUAUUGUUAUUUUGCCACGCAGCUACUKCUCUAGAAUGUUCGUUAUCCCCGUCAUUAGUUGAUCAAAAAGGAAUCCGGCAGCUCAUCUGCAGUCAGACCACGCUUGGUUCGUUCGUCGGCAGUCCAUUUCUGGGGAACCUUUCGGAGACCCUCAAGGCUGUAUUGAUGGUUCUCGACCAAUUUCUUUCCGAGCUCCUCGUAGAGGUCGUCUGYCAUCGUGGGUGUCCGMGACAGGAUCCAGCAAUACGCACGGCUCGGGUAUCCAAUUACGGCGUAAGAGUAUUCCUGUUCGUCCAGCUCGAUGAUCGGGUAGGUCAUUUUGAUUGGCCAGACUGGACUGACUUUCCAUUCCCCGCUCUUGGACUUGUCACCCUGGAUCCAUCCCUUUUGGGGAAGMGAUUUGACCUUGUUUUUCUCGUCAAGGGGAUCCUCAUUUCCGUUGUAUUUGAAAUCAAUAUCAAUGUCAUGA